AUGGCGCCCCUCGCGUCCUCGCCACGAAGCGGCACCACCCUCGCCGCCUCGUUCGCAGCAGCGCUCGCCCUCGUUGCAUUGUUCGUAUGCACGAGCGCACCACCAGCAUUCGCAGCGAAGCUCCAGCCAGCCAAGCGGGACUACGACUCGCACGUGUACUAUGUUCUCGAGGUCGACGAGGCGCAGCUUGCGAUGGGAGGGCGGACGCCGCAUGAGAUUGCAGAGGCGCUUGGGGCGGAGCACGUCGAGCAGGUGGGAGAGCUCAAGGGUCACUACUUGAUCCGGGCGGAGGCGGGAGAGGUCGACCGAGGCGAGGAGCAGUGGGAACUUGCGGCGACGGCGCAGGCGGUGAAUGGGAACGACGUGCGGCGACGGACAGUUAAGGGUGUCGAGGAGGGCAAGCGGGACAAGGUACUCGAGCGGUACGAGCUGCUGCGGAGACGUCUGCCGGGCCCGGCUUCGCACCUUCACGCCAAACGCUCCCUCUCCUCCUCUUCCCGCCUCGUUCGGUCACUCGAGCGCCAACACCCCCGUCAGCGAGUCAAGCGCGACCUUCCCGUCCUUCCCCCUUCCCAACCCUGGUCGACUAAACUCCGCCGACGAGCCUUUCUCCCUCUCCUCGGCGAACGAGACCCGCAACAACCUGGUGUCGGCAUCGUCGAUGCGACUCUCGGCACAGGCCUGAUCGCAGCCAUGGCGUCCAAGUUCAAGAUCUUCGACCCGCUGUGGUCGAAGCAGUGGCACCUCGUCAACGGAGUCAUGCCGGAGAACUCGAUCAACGUGACGGGCGUGUGGGAGCAGGGAAUCGUCGGGAAGGGCGUCAACGUCGCAAUCGUCGACGAUGGACUCGACAUGCAUUCGGACGACCUGGCCGCCAACUUCCACGCCGAUGGCUCGUGGGACUACAACGACAACACCGCCUUGCCCCAACCUCGCCUCGCCGACGACCAGCACGGCACCCGCUGCGCAGGCGAGAUCGCCGCCGUCAAGAACGACGUCUGCGGAGUUGGCGUCGCUCACGGCGCCGGCAUCGCCGGCAUCCGCAUCCUUUCUGCAUCCAUCUCGGACGCCGAUGAAGCCUCGUCGCUUAACUACGGCUACCAAACCAAUGACAUCUACUCGUGCUCGUGGGGACCGCCUGACGACGGUCGUUCGAUGGAGGCGCCUGGCCGGCUGAUCGUCCAGGCGAUGCUGAACGGCGUCCAGAACGGUCGACAGGGCAAAGGGUCGAUCUUCGUCUUUGCGAGCGGCAACGGCGGAGCGGUCGACGAUCAGUGCAACUUCGACGGCUACACGAACAGCUUGAUGAGCAUCACGGUUGGCGCGAUCGACCGCAAGGGCCUGCAUCCGUUCUACUCGGAGGCGUGCAGCGCCAACAUGGUCGUCACCUACUCGUCGGGCAGCGGCGACAACAUUCACACGACCGACGUCGGCAAGCAGACCUGCACCGACCGCCACGGCGGUACUUCCGCUGCCGCCCCCAUCGCCGCCGGCAUCUUCGCUCUCGUCCUUGAAGUCCGCCCCGACUUGACCUGGCGCGACAUGCAACACCUCUGCGUCCGCACGGCCGUCCAGAUCAACCCGAACGACCCCGACUGGCAGAUGACGGCUUCCGGACGACCUUACAACCACAAGUACGGGUUCGGCAAGCUGGACGCGUACGCCAUCGUCGAGGCCGCCAAGUCGUGGAAGCUUGUCAAGCCGCAAGCGUGGUGGCAGUCUCCGCUGGCCUACGCGGACAAGAUCAACACGCACCUCGGCAUGCCCAUCACGGCGGACGGCGUGACCGCAGAACUCGCCGUCACCACCCAGGACCUCAAGGCGGCUAACCUCGAGAAGCUCGAGCACGUCACCAUCACCGUCUUCAUCGAGCAUCAGCGCCGCGGAGACGUCGAAGUUGAGCUCGUUUCGCCAAAGGGCAUGAAGAGCAUUCUUGCCCGCCCGCGGCGGUUCGACGAGAGUGCGGAGGGAAUGAUGGGCUGGGUCUUCAUGAGCGUCAAGCACUGGGACGAGGACCCGGUCGGGACCUGGACUUUGCGCGUCCGGGAUCGCCAGGACAACCAGAAGUCGGGCACCUUCUACCGCUUCGCGAUCCAGCUCUGGGGCUCGGCCAUCGAUGCCACGCUUGCGAAGCCGUACCAGCUGGCGUUCGAGGACGAAGAGGGCAACGAGGUCGAGCCGGAGCCGGUCGCUUCGACUUCUGUCCCUGCCGUUGCUGUCGGAACAACAGCGACGAACCCUUCGGCGCCGACCAAGACCUACAUCAAGCCGACGGCGCACUUGCCGGACGACCACGCCGAGGCGACGGGCGAGGCGCACUCUUCGUUCGGCGAUGGCUACCACCAGCCGACUCCGACCGCUCAGCCAGCAGCCGGCAAGGGCGAUGAGCUCGACGAGAUCGACUACUCGCUUCCGCCUUCAUCAUCAGCGACGUCGAUUUCCGGUUCGCUGUACGACCAGACGCCCGGCUACCUCGCCGGCCUCUCCUCUCUCGUCGGGUCGACGACCUGGCUCUUCGUCGCAGCCGGCACGAUUGUCAUCUUCAUCGCCGGCGCCACGGCAUACCUAUUCCUCCGCCGUCGCUCGGUGCAACGAGGAGGAGGCGGACGCGGCGGGUACGCCUUCGCUCCCGCGACCGACUUUGAAGACUUUGACGAAGACGACGAGGAUCUCGUGCCGAUGAGCGCGAUGGAGCGGGGCGGCGUGAGCAGGACUGGCGGCGCAAGGACGCGGGACCUCUUCAACGCGUUCGCCCUCAACUCGGAUGAGGAGGACGAUUCGGGCGACGAGGGACAAGAGCUGGUGCAGCACAAGCGGGAGGCGAGGCGGUCGGCGGAGGAGAUAGAGCAUGCCGAGCGAGGGCAUGUGCGGUUCCAGGACGAGCCGGCCGGUACCCCUUUAACGGCAGCCGAGCAGGAGAGGCGAGCGAGGGAGGAGUUCUCUGACUAG